AUGAGAGUGGGUAUAAUCGGCGCAGGCAUCAGUGGUGUUGUUGCCGGAGCUCAUCUCAAGGCAGCCGGCGUACUUGUCACGGUUUUCGAAAGAUCCGGCGAGGCAGGGGGUGUAUGGCUCUACGAUGAGCGGCUUCCACCAGAGCCGACUUACCCAUCAAUCAGACCUUCUGAAGCCGACUUUCACUAUGGCGACGGGCAAAGCGUAAAUGGCGAAAACCAUCAGCCGUGCCCGUCUGCUGCUUGCGGGGACGUGAAGCACGCUCCACCAGGGCCGUGCUAUGAGGGAUUGACCAAUAACGUUUCGACCAGAUUGAUGAAGCUGAAAAUUAAUUCGUGGCCACCAGGUACAGCGGACUUUGUUAAUCAUCGGGUGCUGAACGAGUACAUCCAAGACACAUCUUACAAGACUGGAGUUCAUCUGACGACAAAAUAUAAUACUCGGGUAGAGAAGGUCUUCAAGAGUGGUCAAGACUGGAAAAUGCAAACGUCGACUUUGACCAGGGAUCAAGGAGCCCUUCACCGGGUUGAACGUGACUGGACUUUCGAUGCCGUCAUCAUUGCGUCCGGCCAUUACCAUGCUUGUCGUAUUCCAGAUAUAUCCGGCCUUGCGGCAUGGAAGAAGAGAUGGCCCAGCCGUGUGCAGCAUUCCAAGAGCUACAGGCACCCCAGGAAUUUCAGAGAUCAGAACGUUCUUCUAAUCGGCGCGGGCGUCUCGUCUACCGAUAUUGCUCGUGAGAUAGGUACAGAAGCAAAGAAAAUAUACCAAGUUUCCAGGGGCGGGGUCUUCGAUCUCCCUACAACUCUUCUCCCGCCUAGGGCCACACGUAUCACGGGAGAGAUUCACGCUUUCGAAUGUCAACCACCAGAGAAUACGCAGCUGAGUGAUGUUCUGGAACCAAUUCCCGGGCGAGUAGUUCUUAAAGAUGGUCGAGAACUCACCGGUAUCCAUCAUGUUGUAAUCUGUACGGGAUACCACAUGUCGCUCCCCUUCCUGCAGCAGUAUCAUAGCGACAACACCCCAGUUUCCGAAGCGAACAACACAGUACUUGUUACCGACGGAACACAAGUCCAUAAUCUACACAAGGACAUCUUUUACAUACCCGACCCAAGCCUCAUCUUCAUCGGCAUUCCCUUUUUCACCGCCAACUUCUCGCUUUUUGAGUUCCAAGCCAUGGCAGUCGCUGCCGUCCUAACGGGAAAGGCUCUCCUGCCCACCACCGAAGAAAUGAGCAGAGAGUAUCAGCAGCGAUUGCAGCAGAAAGGGACCGGGAGGAUGUUCCAUUCGCUGAGAGACCGAGAGCUGGAGUACGUGAACGAGCUUGUGAACUGGAUGAACAGAGACGGUGCGAGGGUAGGAGCUCAGCCGGUGGAGGGUCACACGAAGGCUUGGCAUGUCGCCAACGUUGAUCGGUUAGCGAGGGUGCGGCAAAUAAUGGAAGACAAAGCCCGUGAUGUCAAUACCUUCGCUUGA